GGCGCGACGGCCGAAGCCCGGAAGCGGACGGAGACGGCCUGGGUGUCCACCACCACGGUCUGACCACCAUGGACAAGGCUGACCGGCAGGUCCUGCGGCAGUGCCGGGUGAGGCUGGUCCGCGAGCUGCAGGUGGCCUCGCUCUGGGAUGCUCUGCUGAACCGUGAGCUUUUCACCCCUGACAUGAUCGAGGACAUCCAGCGGGCAGGCUCCGGGUCUCGCAGAGAUCAGGCCAGGCAGCUGAUCACAGAUCUAGAGACUCGAGGGAGUCAGGCCCUUCCUAUGUUCAUCUCCUGCUUAGAAGACACAGGCCAGGAAACUCUGGCUUCAUUACUGAGAACCAGUAGACAAGCAGCAAAGCAGGAUCUGGGGGCCAUCAGACCCCUGGUCCUCCAUCCUGUGGUGAUCAAACCAGUGGAACUCAAGCCAGAGGAGCCAUGGAAGCCUCUCCAAGGAAAACUUGCUCCAGUGGUGCUGGGGUCUAAGGACCUUUGGCCAGCCAGACCAGAGGCACCCAGGCCAGUGGACAUUGGUUCUGGAGGAUUCAGUGAUGUCUGUGGUCCAGACAGAGCCAAGGGAAAUGCCGAUUUGGCGUACGUCCUGAAUGCGGACCCCUGUGGCCACUGCCUCAUCAUCAACAACGUGAAUUUCUGCCAUGAGUCGGGGCUCAGGACGCGCACUGGCUCCAAUAUCGACUGUGAGAGGAUGCAGCGGCGCUUCCACUUGCUGCGUUUCGUGGUGGACGUGAAGUGCAACCUGACUGCCAAGCAAAUGGUCCAGGCUUUGGUGGAGCUGGCGCGGCGGGACCACGGCGCUCUGGACUGCUGCGUGGUGGUCGUGCUCUCUCACGGCUGUCAGGCCAGCCAUCUCCAGUUCCCAGGGGCUGUUUAUGGCACAGAUGGAUGUCCUGUGUCCGUGGAGAAAAUUGUGAACAUCUUCAACGGAACCAGCUGCCCCAGCCUGGGAGGGAAGCCCAAGCUCUUCUUCAUCCAGGCCUGUGGCGGGGAACAGAAAGACCAUGGGUUUGAGGUGGCCUCCCCGUCCCCUGAAGACAGGACCGCUGACAGUAACCCUGAGCCAGACGCUGCCCCGUUCCAGGAAGGCCCGGGCGCCGUUGACCAGCCGGACGCCGUGUCCAGUCUGCCCACACCUAGUGACAUCUUGGUGUCCUACUCCACCUUCCCCGGGUUUGUCUCCUGGAGGGAUACCACGAGCGGCUCCUGGUACAUUGAGACCCUGGAUGGCGUUCUGGAGCAGUGGGCCCACUGUGAGGACCUGCUGACCCUCCUGCUCAGGGUCUCCAAUGCUGUCUCAGUGAAAGGGAUUUACAAGCAGAUUCCUGGCUGUUUUAAUUUCCUCCGGAAAAAGCUUUUCUUCAAAACAUAAUGAGGCUGGGACCCCUUACCCUGCCUUACCUUCCACCCCCAAACCUUCCGCUUCAGGCCUGGCUGAGGCCUGGACUUUCCUGCAACUGUAGCUGAUGCGUGUUGAAGGAUGCGGCAGCCUGUAGAGGGUCUGCUCUUCCCCCCGGGGCGGCAGGCAGGCUCCUCAUUGGAGCCAGAUGACCGAAGACCAGCGAUGGAGAAAGAGGAGCAGAAGGCCAUGCACACCACGGGGCUCUUUGCCAGCGGCCCGCUGUUCCCCAGCGACUGGCUGUGGCCUUUGACCCUUGUGUUUACUCUAGAGCAGGGCUUCUCCACCUUGGCACGAUUAACACUUGGGACCAGACAAUCCUUGGUUGUGGGACUGUCCUGUGCCCUGCAAGGAUGUUGAGCAGCAUCCCUGGCCUCAGCCCACUGGAUGCUAGUGACACCCCUAUCCCCUCCCUGAGUGGUGACAACCAAAGGUGCUUCAGACGUGACCAAAUUUCCCUGCUGACCCCCCCUGGGGAUCUAUAGGAAAUUCUGGCGACAAAGCAGCAUCUCUUAGAUCAGCAGUUUGGAGCUAGUAGAGUCUGAACAACUAGAAUCUGUGACUCCUCGAUGCAGAUUUAAAAAUUAUUCAUGUUUUCCUAAAUUGCAGUAUUCGUAAAAACAGUCUAGGCGAACACUGACUUUCUUGCAUCUCCUUCCCCCCUCAUUUGCUCCAACUCUUUAUUCUUCCCUAUAAAGGAGAUUUUAGCUUUUGGGGAGACACUUCCCAGCUCUUUUAUUUUGAUCCGCACCCCAUCCCAGGACGAUGACUGGGGUGGGAGCCACAUGCUCAAGGAGGUUAAGUCACUUGUGCAGGGAACACAGUUAACCAGUGGAGAGAGACGACCGGACUCGGAUCCUCUGAUGCAGCCUGUGCCGCCAGGUGCCUUCCUGACUCCAGGGUGACUGUGCCGUGUGACCCAGAUGUCAGGCAUCCCCAGAGAAGGCCCCUCCCUGAGGCCUUUAACCUGUCCUCACUCCCGCGUGUCUGUUGCUUUCCAGGCCCUGGAUGGGAGGACGGUUUGUUAAUAAGACUCUCAACAAGA